UCCAAUUCAAGUUGACAUUUUGUACUUGUAAAUUUGUUCCGGUUGUUUAUUUCUUCACGUCUUUAUAAGUACUUUAUUUAUUUGCUGUGUUAUUAGUGAGUAAGCUGAGAAGUAAAAAUUUACUGCAACAAUCGCAAUAAUCUAAAAGAGCGCAUGAAAAUUAACCCAGAAUAACAAAUUGCUACCGCAACUAAAACUUUUGUUUUUGCAUGGCAACAAAAGAAAUUUUCAUUUUAAUAUGAAUACUUCGAUUUUUGGUAGCUUUUUAUGGGAGGCGUUGUAGAGAUUGAAUGAACUACCUAAUUUUGCUGUGCAAUCGAAAACCGACCAUGUUGUCGCGCCGCAGUAAAGAAAAGGCUACCGCUCAUAAGGAAGGUGUGGUUGCGUGCCAAGCAUAAUAAGAAGUCACUGCAGCGUUGUGCAAGCACUUCGCCCAGUUGCGAAUUUACCGGCCGAAGUUCUGGUAAUUCCAGUCGCAAUACUUACUCCUGCGGCAACGACUCACAAUUGAAUUCGCAGCCGGAUUAUUAUCAUGCAAGACGGGCACAAUCACAAUUGCCCCCAACGACAACGAUGCGUUCGGUGUCACAGGCGCAUCAGCAACGUUACGGUGUGACCGGCUUUUAUGCGCCUACCAAUUCCAUGUCCUCAACAAACCAACAUCCACAUUUCUACUCAAGCAAUAAUUUGGAUGUGGCUACCAAUGGACAUGGACAUAGCGGUAACAGCAGCAAUGCUAGUAACAGCACUAGCAACUAUGUAAACAUUGAGCAAAUCGAUCGAAUGCGACGUCAACAAUCGUCACCUUUACUGCAGCCAAACAAUGCGACGUACGAACAAUUUCAUAGAAGGCACUCUGCCAAUCAAAAACAUAGUAACUCUUAUGAUGGACGUAUUCGUGGCUUUACAAGCAGUGAUACUAAUGCCACAUCAAUAGCUGAGGGUAUGGAUUCCUACAACAAUGUACUUCAGAUACCACGAGGUGCUACACCAACUCCACCACAACAUUAUCCCACCAAUGCCAGUUAUUUAGCCGGCUCUGACUCCUAUCCCAUAUACGAAAAUCCCUUCAGAGUUUCUUCCAAUACUUCAGGAAGUGUUAUCAACAAUAAUCAUACAUCAAUGAAUAAUUUCGAUAGUCGUUCUACUCAAUCAACUGCAGAAGUUCGUUCUGAGUCACCCAUUUAUAGUAAUACCACUCUGGCGGUUUCCAACAAUAACUUGCAUUCAUCAUAUGAUUUAACUGGUGGUACAGCAGCUGCAACUUCUGUUCAAUCUUUGUACCAUGCACCGUCGAGGCAGCUACACUCACAAUCGGUCGGCAAAACAAACAGUACAACAAAUGUUUUACAAAAGGUGCCAUCACAGCAAUCCAUAGAAGAAGAGCUACCACUUCCACCCGGCUGGGCAAUGCAAUAUACUCUUCAUGGACGCAAGUAUUAUAUUGACCAUCACACGCAUACAACGCAUUGGUCGCAUCCGCUAGAGAGGGAAGGUCUACCGGUAGGAUGGCGACGUGUUGUUUCUAAAGUUCACGGUACCUACUAUGAAAACCAAUAUACGGGGCAAUGCCAAAGACAGCAUCCCUGUCUUACCUCAUAUUAUGUAUAUACUACAUCUGCCGAACCACCGAAGGCCAUAGGCCCUGAAAUGCCAGUUCCUUAUACACCGCCAGUACAUACACACAAUGCGUUAGUACCGGCCAAUCCGUAUUUGUUAGAAGAGAUACCCAAAUGGUUGGUGGUAUACUCAAAUGCUGAUUCAUCGAAAGACCAUAUGCUGCAAUUCAACAUGUUCAGUUUACAAGAUCUUGAGUGCUUCGAUGGUAUGUUGGUACGUCUGUUCAAGCAAGAGCUCGGCACAAUUGUUGGCUUCUACGAACGGUAUAGACGUGCUUUGAUUUUGGAAAAGAAUCGUCGUGCUGAGCAGGAGCGCUAUUUGCAAGAGUUACAUACACAAGCCACACACCAAUAACGCUCGUUAAAAUACAGCUAUUUGAAUCCUACUUGAGUAUAGUGUGCGCUGUGCUUCCCAAAACUUACAUACUUGCGCAUAUAAGGAAACCUUAUAUAUCUUGAAGUAUAAUUGGACUGUCUUGUUCUGUUGAACUGUGAACUGUUUUCGUACCAACAAAUAUUUGAUAACUUUUAAGUAAAAAUUUUAUGUUACUGAUUUUAAAUAAUAUGUAUAUUAUUUAUAUUUACCAAUGAUUACGUUCUAUAAAAUGUUUUUGUGAUUUGCUCUACUAUCAUUUUAUUUAUAUAUACUCAUAACUUUUUCAUUUUAACCUAUAUGACUUUUGCAAAAAAAAAUUAUAAAUAUACUUUAUAUUCACAUUUU